UGCCCAGCGGCGCCCUCUUUCCGCCUCCUCCGGGGAAGUGCAGCCGGAGCAUUCCCACGGCCACUCCCCCCAAGGCUCGACACGUGAUCGUUGUACAUAUUUCGCAUUGUGAGCUGGUGGGGUGGCGGUCUUUUAAAACCGAAUUCCAGGGGCACCUUUAAUACCAGCAACAACAUACGCUUUUAUGAGCUCAUUUCUUCAGUGUCUAGAAUCCGGAACAUCACAAUUCAUCGUCAUCGCCGACAGAGGGCGCUGCCCGCGAAAUCCUGUUUCCCAACACGCACGCCCGGAGUGCGUCCUCUUUCAUUUACUUUGUCCAAUGCAGCACGCCGUAGCUGUUCAUGUUUUUUUCCCAAUAUGGCGGCGGCCUUUGCGAGUGGCCAGGGCUCGGUGCGAGUACGGCUGCUUUUUGAUUAUCCGCCCCCGGGAAGCCCGACUUGUGGAUUGUGUUGGCUGCUUUUGGAGCCGAGUCAAGUGCGCCUUGUCACCGACUUGAGCAGCCUCAUUCGGGAUAAGUUCGGCUUCAGCCGCCGCGCCAAACUCAGCCUUUUCCUCGACGGGGCUCUUUUGCCGCCAACGGAAAGUGCACGGCUCGUGCGGGAUAACGACUCUCUCAGAGUUAAAUUGGAAGAGGUUAUUGGAGAAGACAGUUACAGUGCAACUACCAAUGGUUUCACAAUCCCUUCAAAAAAAGAGAGGAAGCGACAGAGGCAAAAGUUGGAGGCAGAGGAUUCUAACAGAGAAGAUGAACAGCACAGAACAACAAAGAAGAGUAAGAGGAGCCUUGACAACUUUUCUAGCCAGGAAGAAAACAGUGCAAAUCAGGGUUCUAAAAAACGUAAGGAAAAAAGGAAAAAGAUGACAGAAAGAGAUUAUGCUGUGGGCAGCAAAAGUGAUGGCAGUACUUCUCAUUCCAGAAAACUUAAAAAUCAAGUCAGCCAGGAGAAAAAGCAAGUGGCAGAGAACAAACUCAAUAAGCAAAAAGCACAAACACUUGAAGCAAAGAACACUUCACAAAAGACACUUUCAGCAACGAAAAAUACAGUUGCAAAACCCAGCACAAAGAAAGAUGGAACCUCAAGUGAAUCGUUUACUUCAUCUGACAGUGAUGAUAGUGUUGCAUGCACCAAACAAAUGCUAUCACAUAAAACUAAGGUGACAGCACAGCACACACAGAAAUCUCAGUGUGAGGAUUCUCCUGUGAAACCCACUUCUGCCUGUAAACUUGCUGCUAAGCCUAAAGUUGGAGAUUUGCCUAAGCCAGCAAAAAGUAAGGAGGCUGGGGGUCAGUCCUCUAGUUCGAAUUCUGAUUCCAGUUCAGAGGAAAAGGAACAGCAGCAGAGCAGUAGCUUGAAAUGUAAAAUACCCAGUAACAGACAAGGAACUGUAUCAGGCCUGAUUUCAAAGACCAAACCAGAAACUUCCUCUUCAGAGUCUGAUAGUUCCGAAUCUGAGACUUGCACUGCCAAGAGGACCAGGACAAAUACUAUAUUGAGUCAGUCCUUGAGAGAAAAUAGUGGCAAAAAACUGCCAGCUAUUACUUGUGGACUUACUACAAGCCCAAAUGAUGCUGGAAGGGGACGUGGGAGAGGUGAAAUCACCUUUUGGAGAGGACCUAGGGUUCGUGGGUGUCGUGGGGUGGCCAGGGGAAGAGGGAGGGGAGAAAGUCCUUUUUUCUUUAAUUACAGCAGUGAAUACCAGAAACAAAAGCAGUUAAAUGAAGCAGCAACCAACACUUCAGUUAUUAUCCAGAAUCCAGUGGAAGUUCCGAAGAAAGACUAUAGUACACUGCCUCUGUUAGCUGCUCCCCCACAAGUAGGAGAGAAAAUAGCCUUUAAGCUUUUGGAACUAACUGAAAAUUACACUCCUGAAGUAUCUGAGUACAAGGAGGCAAAAAUAACCAAUUGGAACCCCACAAACAAACAGCUAGAACUUGAAAUUCUUUCUUUUUCAGCAGUGGCAAAAGAACCUGGAAAGUUUGAUCUGGUUUACCAGUCUGCAGAUGGAGCAGAAACUAUAGAGUAUGCAGUUUCUCAGGAUAAAAAGAUAACCGAAAGUUGGAACGCGCUGAUUGAGCCAAGACUGAUCAUUGAUCCUCCUAAUAGUGGACUGAGUACUGAAAAUGGAAAUCCCUAGGAUGUGAUCUUGUUUUUCCCAUGUAUAAAUAGUCUGAACUGCUUUCCUUUUGGUUCUGAGCAUAGCAUACAUACACUGAUGUUUUUAAAUAAAUGAUUUCUAAAAGUAA